AUGCCUCCUCCCUUUUCACACACGGGAGCUCCACAAACCCCAAGUUCAAGAGGUCGUGGCAACUACGCGUUUGGGAGACCAGGUACUCCAAGACCCAACCUGCCUGUAGGUCCUUACUUUACCAUUUCCUUUGAAUCCUUUCCUUGCAUAUCUUGGAGAUUGUGUUCGAGUUCAUCUGCAAUCAACUAGAUCCAUAACCCCUGCUUACACAAGCUUACCUCGACUUCUAGCCCUCUAUCUCCCCUACUGCCGCGUACACAAAUAACUUUGGUGUUUACAACUCUGAUCCGGCAGUUGAAUAUCGCUCUCUGUCAUUGGGAAGUGGAAGUCCUCGUUCAACUGAUUUGACACCUUCUCAAUCCUUCGGUAGCUACCCACCUACAUUCAAUCGCUCGGGAAGUGGUGAGAGAUACAUCGCACUCUACAAUGAGACUCCGACUAAAAAAGACUGUUACCCAGGCAGUAUCGCCAGACGAGGUACUACAUGUGACCAAUUGCACUCUGAGCAAGCCGAGGAUACUGAUCACGAUGUUGAUAUGGAGCUAGGAUCUGAUGCCGACGAUGAGAGAAGUCUGAGUGGUUUGGAAGAGGCACAAUUCGACGACUCGGAAUCCCACACUCUGUCUGCUGAAUCUGACUCGAUGUAUAUUGAGGCUCAAUCCGACAGCGAAGGUACUCUGGCUGCUUGGGAUGAGGGCGAAUACGAUGAGCAGGAGGCUGAUGAAACUUACGCCGUGCCUUACGAGACUGAUUACGAUAGCGAGGGAACCAUGCCUGCUUUGGAGGAAGAACGAUCCGAUGAUAUGGACUAUGAUGGAUCUGGUGAAGACUACUACAUCCCUGCUGAGCAUAUCAGCGAUGUCUAUGAAGAUACUGCUACUCAUCAAGCACGUUUAGAUGAAGCUCAUCAAUCUAACCUCAACUACCCACACUACCCCCAGCACCCAGGACUCGCAGCCAGCAUCAGAGACCCUUCAAUCCCCUCUUUCCAUUCCGUCAUCCAGGAUAUUCAAUACACCGCAGCAUCCGAUCUCUUCGGUCCAGUCCACCAGCAAACUAUCUACGGCCCUCCACCCUCGGGUAUCAACGUAGCAUAUCCUCAAACCCCAUACCCGCCCCCUCUUAUGCAGAUGAAUGAUCCCGAGCAAUUCGACGCUGUUAUGCCUCCCAUGGGCACCAACUAUUUCUCUACAACUGGCCAAUGGGGUCAAGGUCCUGAUCAGAUUCGAAUCCCUUCUUCCCAGCAGGGUUUUGGACUGCUUGGUGAGCAAGAUGUGGCACGUCGGGGGAGUCUUCCUUCUUUUGAGGAGGGGUUUGGGGAUCUGGUUAGGAGAGAUGAGGAGGUUAUGAGAGAGGAGCGUCGGGGGAGUCUUCCUUCUUUUGAGCGGGGGUUUGGGGAGCUGGUGAGAAGAGAUGAGGAGGUUAUGAGAGGGGAGCGUCGGAGACAGUGGGCGCAACGCAGGAGAAGAGGGGAAUGGCGUAGGAGAAGGGAGGAGGAGGUUAUGAGAGAGGAGCAUCAGAGAUAG